AUGAGGACCACCACAGGAAAAUGGAUUAAUAAAAUCAGGAGUCGAUUAUGGAGGUAUCCGCUUGGAGUUAGAUUUAGGGAAAGAAAAUCUAACGAAAGAAAAUGCUCCAAGUAUAAGCAAGUGCAAGCAAACGAGCUGCGGCAAGAAACUACAGAGACCAAAACCCAAGAAUUAAAGAAAUGCCCAGAUCCCUCUCCACUUCUAGUUGGGCCUCUCAGGGUUGAGUUCUCUACGCCUGUCAGCUUGGAUAUAGUGAGGAAGGAGAACCCAGGCCUGCAGGAAGGAGGUCGCUACAAACCACACGACUGUGUCGCCCUCCAAAAGGUUGCUCUCAUCAUCCCCUUCCGCCUUCGUGACGAGCACCUCAAGUUCUGGCUCUACUACCUCCAUCCCAUCCUUCAGCGCCAACAGCUGGACUAUGGCGUCUAUGUUAUCAAUCAGGAUGGAGACAACACGUUCAACAGGGCCAAGCUGAUGAACAUUGGCUAUGCUGAGGCCCUGAAGGAGUAUGACUACGACUGCUUUGUGUUCAGUGACGUGGACAUCAUCCCCAUGGAUGACCGCAACACCUACAAAUGCUUCAGCCAGCCCAGACACCUGUCUGUCUCCAUGGACAAGUAUGGCUUCAAGUUGCCCUAUAAUCAGUACUUUGGCGGUGUCUCAUCGUUGAGUAAAGAGCAGAUCAUGAAAAUCAACGGCUUUCCCAACAACUACUGGGGCUGGGGUGGUGAAGAUGACGACAUUUUCAACAGGGUGAAUAACAGAAAAAUGUCUCUCUCUCGUCCGUACGGCGUAGUCGGAAAAUGCCGGAUGAUCCGUCACGAGAGAGACAAAAAUAACAACGACAAUCCUCAGAGGUUCAAGAGAAUAGCUCACACGUUAAAGACGAUGGAUACCGAUGGCCUCAACUCUCUCGAGUACGAAGUUGUUGCAGUUGAAAAGCAUGACCUGUUCACAAAGAUUACAGUAGACGUGGGGAUGCCACCCGAAGAUUAAAGAAGACAUGGACAAAGGAUGAAUGAGGAAGAGAUGGACAAGCAGGGCCCUGCGUGCCCGUUUGUAAAUCCAGCUCUGUGAAAAAGGCAGGAACCAUCUGGAAUGAGGUCAAGAAAACUGCCCAGAACAGUACGAGAGAUGCUUGGUAAGAGGGCAGCGCACAAUCUAUUUGUUGCAUUAACCAAUAACCUAUUGCAGAGGCUGCAGCGGUUAUGAUGCAAACAUGACUUAGCAUGAAUCUUUGAGGAGGUGUCAUGAUAUCCACCUACUAAUUGGUACUUUUGUCCCUCGAGCGGCCCAAUUGGCUGAGCAUUGUGUAGUGCUGCCUUCAACUGCUUUCGCCGAAACUCGGUAAAACAAGGUCACAACUCUGAAAUAAAAAGUUCCAAGUUCCAAUUACAAGUGAGAAAGUCUGAGAUGAUUUUGAUACCCAAGUUGCGACGUUUCAUCUCUGACCUUUCACCUUUUCAAGGAGCAAACUUUAGGUUUACAAAUACUGUAUUUUUGCCCUGCACUAGUGUACAUUCUGUGUGUAAAUCUGAACUUUAAUUUAGUAUUUUGUAGAUAUUGGGCUAUUAUAGUGUGGCUACUGUGUGAGCCAUGGGAAACUCCAACACAAUGUUCAACUGUUCAAAAUAAAAUGACAGAGACCUCUUC